GCGUCGACCGACGAAGUACCGUUCCCGACCACAACCAUAUCGCAUACCACAGGCCAUUGCCCGCUGGAUCUGCUCAGUCAUCAAUGGCACAUCCAACAUAGCAAGCAGUCAAUUCCGGCAACCGCUCGCUACGCACAGCCCCCUACCCUGCGUCCGCCGUUGAUUGGAUUCUCAUCCCCCUCGCACCAGACCCUGCCCGCUCUCAAAUCCUUAACCGGCCUCUCCUACCCUACAAGAAAAGCCAACAACGAAAAGGCAAAAUAGAAGCAAAAAUAGACAAGAUGACCGCCCUACCGGCAAACCUAGACCUGCACUCCCCCGACCUGACGUCCUCAGCACAGCUAUUCACCUCAACAACACCUUCCUACACACUACCACAACUGCGCGCCGUGCACAAUGCGGUGCGCGGGGAGGUGGCUGACGUGGCGGCCCGCCUGCGCACCCAGGUGGGCGGGUCCUACCGCGAGCUGCUGGGCACGGCCGACACCAUUGUCGCCAUGCGCGCCGACAUGGAUGCCGUCCGAGCUGUCCUCGGCGACAUGGGCGCCCGCUGCGGCCGCGGCGUCGUCGCGGGCAAGGCCCAGGGGUUGAGGGCGUUUGUUACUGCUGGUUGGGUUGGGGGGUUUCGUGGUGGUGGUGGCGCUGGGUUGGGUGGGCUGGCUAGGGAGAGGUUUCUGGAGGGUGUUGAGUUGGGGUUGGAUAAGGUUACGAGGGAUCUUAGUGGUGGUGGUGAUGCUGGUGAAGGGACGGGGGAUGGGUUGGUGGUUGCUGCCAGGCUGUACGUGCUAGGGAGGUUGCUCGUCAAGAGCUUUGCGGGAGAGGGGAAGGGGAAUGGGAGGGUAGAGGAGAUCAAGAGGGGCCUGGAGACGGUGCAAAGGGCGAAGUUGAUGAGGAGGAUCGAUACUGUGCUGAGGAGUGGAAGUCGCAGGAGGAUGAAGCAGGGUGACGUGCUCAAGGCGUUGAGCGCGUACAGUCUUGCUACGACUUCCGGGGCUCGGGAUGUGCUGAGGCACUUUCUGAAUGUCAGGGCUGAGGCGAUUGCGAUGGCGCUCGAGGUGGACGAGGAUGAGCGGGCGGCGCGGAAUCCGAAGGACGUGCUGCGGGCGCUGGGCCUCUAUACCAAAACACUGCAGGACGUGCAGACGCUGGUUCCGCAUAAGCUGACCGAUGCGCUGGUUUCACUGAAGGACGAGCGGUUACUGGAGAAUGCGUCGUUAAAGGAGAUUGAGGGGCUACGGUUGGAUAUUUACAAGCGAUGGUGUGGGGAUGAGAUUCAGUUCUAUACGCCAUUCAUACGCCAUGACGAUCUGGAUGGGGAACAGGCCCGGGAGAUGCUCACUAAUUGGGCCAGCAAAGGAAGCAAGGUCUUGCUUCAGAUGCUGGAGAAGACGCUGGAGGGCAUGACCGAAUUCAAGGCCAUCGUCGAGCUGCGUACCAGCGUUCUGAAGCUCUGGAUCGCUGAAGGCGGCAGGGCGCGCGGCUUCGAUCCUUCAGUCAUGCUGGAUGACCUCCGCAGUGCCGUCAGUAAGCAUAUGCUGCGGGUUCUCGAAGCAAAAGUUGCCAAGCUACGGCUCGUGGGCUCGGAAGUAUCUGCAACUCUUGAAGCCUGGCGGGAGGGCACCACCGAUCAGCACCAGAGUCUGUGGGACGUGGAUUCGUUCGACACUGACCUCUCCAACGGCGCCGCCCAGUUCGCACAGGACGUUGUCGCACGACUUUGCGGCCGGAACAAUGCUGUGUCCAAGGCUGUGACAAGCUACCGAUCGUGGUUUCAUGUUAUUGAAGACGUCGGUAAGGUUGUGGAUCAGCUAAGGCGGCAGAGGUGGGACAACGAUGUCGAUGAAAUCGAAGACGAGGAGACGAUUGAAGAGCGCCAGAAGCUGCUUGCCAAGGAAGACCCCCAGGCGCUGAGCAAGCAUUUGGAUCGCUUGCUGGUUGAGGCGUUCAGAAAGUUAGAUGACCACCUCACGGUGCUGUGGAAGGAGCAGCAAGAGGGCCCGAACAGGGGGGCGGUCGCCGUGUACCUCCUGAGGGUUAUCAGGGACAUCCGGGCGCGGUUGCCGGAUGUGGACGCGCUUAGGGUCUUCGGUUUAGCUGCGGUGCCACCGCUGCAUGAGGCAUUGGCUGCGACAGUGGUCGUGUCACCCCUGGAUGACUUCGCCACCGUGGCACUUGCCCGGAAGACGGUUGUCGGAAGGGGCCUAUGGGAGGGAGAGCCGGCGCUACCCGGGUCACCGUCGCCGGGAGCCUUCAAGCUCCUCAGGGAUCUAACAGCUGCUAUGGGCGAUGCGGGCGGGGAUCUGUGGAGUCCUGCGGCUGUUACUGUGCUAAAACAAGAUCUGGCCCACAAGCUCACUGGAAUAUGGCUAGAGGCACUCGACAACUUGGACAGGGACUCCGAAGAGGCAACGAAAACAGCUUCUGAUGGUGACGAGGCCGGCCAGGAUGAACCAACCAAGGAAACUACAAGCCUAGAGCAACGGCAAGACCUGCUGGUGCAGUGGCUUCUAGACAUACACUAUCUCCGGCUAUUCCUUGUACCACAACAAGGGUCUCAGAAAGCUGUGCUCAAGGAGCUUGAAGAAGCGAUUCUCAAAAAGACGGGUCUGGAAGACCCUGCUCUUGUGGACAGGCUGGCCAAGGCGUCACAAGAGUAUUCCAAGAGGACCGGACUGCUAUUCGGCUUGUUGACCUGA